GAUUUCAAAUCGCAAUAUCGUUAUUAUCAAAGUAUAAAAACUCCAGCGGGAAGAAGAGACUUAUCAUUCAUAAUCAAUAACUGAACUGCAGACAGCCCUAGUUCCGCCGGAAGCCAGCCACCAAAAUGUUCAAGAUCAUGUGCCUGCUCGUUAUCAUUGCUGUCGCUUCGGUGUCCGCCCGACCUAACCCAAAGCCGGACAUAAUUACGUACAGUGCCCCGGUGGUGGUCGCUGACCCGGACGUUGUUGUUACCAGUGAUUUCGAUGUACCCGUGGCCGUCUACGAGCAGACGUUCCAUGGCAGUGUGGCCCCGCUGAUCGCUGCCUAUUCAACGCCGUACUUGACCGCUCCGCUGGCGUAUUCACCCUAUGAGUCGGUUGUUGCCCUCGCUCCAGGCACUGUUCUGCUCAAGUAGAGCCUUGAUUUUCUGGAUUCUGUGAUCGCCUUCCCGUUCUUCCUGUGACUCUUCCCACGACUAGGUUGUUAAAUAGUGCAAUAAAAUCUUUCCGUGAAUAA